AUGGCGUUCAACGCCUACUCGCGCCUGACUUAUGGUAUCGCGACGGGAGGACCCAUAUACCCUGAACUGAUAGAGCUAGCUGAGCGACCUUACAACAACGUACUUGAGUCCGUUUUCCGAGAGGAGUUCGGCGCUCUGUUGCUGGAAGUGCGGAUAACUGGCUUUAGAAAGGGGAGUGUUGUGGUCGACUACGAGGUCUUGCUGGCGGACACGGCAACCGAAGUGACCUCAGAGGAGGUCCGAGAAACCUUCCUUGUGGCACUCAAUGAGACGAGUGGCGAAUUCCUCCCAGGCCUUGUGGUGGACCAGGAAUCCGUGCAGGUUACUGAGUACCAGGCGGGCGUGCCACCGGGUGACACAUUCCCAGAGUGGGGGAUCGCUCUCAUCUGUAUCGGCGUCAUCCUCACCAUAGGGACUGCGGGCGCUGUCUUUUUGAUACGGAGGUGGAGGCACAAUCAUGGCAAACUAGACAUCAGCAAGUAUCGAGCACGGAGUGCCAAAUAUCACAUCCCGCGAGCUAAAGUCGUGUUACCGAUGGCUUACAACGACGUGUCCAUCGAGAUGGAGACAGUAGGGAAAUCCCCGGACGAGAAUGUUAUCACGAAUGAGAUGCCCUCUUUGGAUGAACUCGACAAAGAUAAAAGCCAAGUCGAUAGCCACAGUGUCAAGGAUACCAGCAUUACCAUCGAGGAGUAAAACAAGGAAGAAGCACGUUCCUAAAAAGUGCUACUAAGAAACAAUGGUGACUGGUUUAUUUCGAAAUACAGAUUGUCCCAGACAAACCAACCAACCGGCUGAAUUACGACAGGACAUUACAAUCAGUUAUCAAUUACAUAUUCAAUUAGGAUUAAUUAGAUCUGAAGCACAUUUACAUGUAGAAGGAGGCACAGGUGACUAAAAACAAGUGAUCUGUUUUAUGACAAUAGGUCAUGAAGUAUUGCGACAACAAGAUGAUUAAAAUGUCGAUGCAGACAGACAGACAGACAGACAAUUAUACUCAAGCGUUUUGAGACCAUACUUAUACAAAAAAUUUCAUUAUCAUAUUGUUUGUGGCAUUGAUAUCAUUUUGAUAUACUAAGUAAUAUACAACUUUUUUUAUCAAUAACAUGCUAUAUUGAGCAAUAGCCAUUCAAUGUUAGAGAUGGGCAAUGACCAGAUAAUGAAUCGCUCACAGAUUUAUCUUAGAUGCCAAGUCUUAAGUUUCUUGCGACUUUUAGCUAUAGUGUAAAUAAAGUAGCUAAGGACGUGUGUCUUACAGGACUUGAGGCAGUAGUCACCGAUAAAUUGACCACCUUGUCCGGGAGAAAGCUCCAGGUGCUCCGUGAAUUAAUUUCACUGGGUUGGAACUCACUGGCUAACAAGUUCUUUAUUUUACAACCAGGAUCAUUGUACAAUCAUUAGCCGACGUCUCGGUGACUGUCUGUCACAUUUCUCAUGGCAAUUCUGGCUGGUACUAUUCCACGCUGCAGCUAGGUGGCGCUGCGACCGUUUGAGACUGCACUGCUAGCAGCGACACCUAGAUGCAGUGUGCAAUAGAACCAGUCAGGGAGGUGAUAGAAAGUCACUGAGACGUCGGCUAAUGAUUGCACAUAGAUCCUGGUUGUAAAUACAAAACCUUGUCCAGUUAUAGAGGCUGAUCAUGCCUGCCAUGUCUAUGAAGGUCCUUACAGAUACGUCAUACUUAUCAACAUAUUUGUUCAAGCAUCGUCUCAAAGGAAAAUGUGUGACAUUUGAGCUGCUUUAUGAACUUGUUCAGUAACAGUGGGUAAGAAGCUAACACGUGGAACCACUGCUUUUAGAUAUUUGUUUAUUUAUCAUUAGUCAUUUUCCGCAUGAACAAUGAAGC